UUGAAAAUGCUCUUAUUCGAUGCGGUUAAAGGAAAACGUCAUAUUUUGAAUUAAUCCAAAAAUGUGCCACCCUCUAUUUCGGUGUUUUUACAACAAUAGACGGCCAAGAAAAUGUUUUGAAUAUCAAUGACUGGCGGGCAGGAUACCUGACAUCACCAAACAUCAUUAUCGAGGUGAUUCACCGUCGGCAUCAUGCCGUCUCGAGCCGAGGCUACCAUAAACCAUUCUCAUGUUUCAGUAACGUUCACCGCGUCUGACGACUAUUGUAUGUUUCUAAAGUUUCCGCCACCAGUCAAACAUGUUAAAAAACUGCCCCUUUGUGGCCGCCAUUGCUGUAACGUAACUACAAAUUGGAGCAAUUUGAAUAGAUGGUUCAUUUCACAACUGUUUUCCAGUGAUGGCUCAAAUUUUGCCAGAGGGAGCCAAAAUGUGAGCGUUUACGACAUGAAACAGUAAUCACCUCACAACGCAGAAAAUUAGCAUCUCCCCUCCCAACCCGUACCCGCACAGCUCAGACUGCAUCAUCUAGACAGGAGCCGAACUGGAUGCAGCGAUUGAUGAAAAGAGCGGCCUGGGAGUGAGCAAAUAACACGCCCUAGCCGGCUUCUCAUAGUCUGGAAGAAAUCUCCCCCGGUUUUCCGCCAUCUUGAAGACUCGCUAACCAUCUUCAGGACCAACAACAUCGUCAGAAACAACCACCUUCAUCUGUGACUCCGUGGUGAAAACCCACCGGGAUUCAGUCAUCCUUUCCGCCCAGUGUCUGCGUUGACAUCAUUGGUUUUUGGGAGAUCUGACUAUCAACAGGACAUCAUCAUGCGGGCUGUUGCAAUCUCUUUGGCCGUUCUCUUCGCGGCAAUGUGUAUGGUGGAUGCAAGACCAAAGGGCCAUAAGAGGCAUCACCAUGGUGAUGACGAUUACAAGGACGAUCAAGUCAACCCGUGCAAUUUCAUGGUGUGCCCAAAAGGCAGCGAGUGCACCUUUAACUCCAGCCUGGCCGAUCCGAUCUGCGUGUGCAUCCGGGAGUGCAAGCCCCACCAGCGGCCUGUUUGCGGCUCGGAUGGCGUGCUGUACGACAACCACUGCGAGCUGCACCGGGCCGCGUGCGUCAAGCGGACCCGCAUCGCAGUGGUUCCGGACGCGGUCUGCGAGAAGCCUACGACCGCACCGGAGCUGAUCGGAGGCAACCCGGAGGUGUUCGGAGACCAAAAACCGGAUACGCACGACGAAAUUGUGGACCAACACAUCGAUGAAACUAUCGAGGACGAGGAGGACGAUGCUGCUGCUGCUGACGAUGAUGCUGAUGACGAUGAAAAGGAUGACCCGGAAGUAGAUGAAGAAGAACCGGAAGUUGCGGAAGAGAAACCGGAGGUUGUGGAGAACGACACAGAAAUGGUCGAAGAGGAGCCAGUUGUUGACACUGAAAAACCUGUCCUCGAAGAAAUCCCCACCGAAGUUGUCUGCUCCGAGGAGGGCCUAGCCGAAUUCAAGACCAAUCUUCUGGACCACUACCGGACGCAAUUCAACAACCCACGUGAUGACCCCGUCCUCCCUGAGCUGGACAAGAAGUUCCUUGUCAGUCUGAUGACGAACCACUUCGACUCGUCACGUGACAGCCUGCUCACCGGGGACGAAAUUUCCUCCGUGAUCUCGCGAGACAAUAUCGAGGGACUGUCUGCGCAGUGCUCGCUGUUGGACGUUCUGCGCAUCUACGACAAAAACGGGGACAAAAAACUGGACCCGUAUGAGAUGUAUGACGCCUUCGACGUGCAGAUAGUCACCAUUUCAGAGGACCUUCGCCAGCAGGUCAAAGUGGCCACGGCCGGCGACAACGUCGUGCUGGUCUGCAGGAUCGAGGUUGAAGACAAGUCGAACGUCAUCUGGCAGCGCAACGGCGUGGAUCUCAUUGACGUCCAGCUCAUGGACGGGAUGAAGACGUACGAUGAUGGAACCUUGUAUUUCAACAAACUCACCUUGAUGCACAUGGGGAUCUACACGUGCUACGUGGAAGGGUACAGAUCAGUCAAGCAGACUUACACCGUGGAGGUCCGAGUUCCGCCCUCGGUGCACACCUGCCCCCAGUCCAGGUUCCAGUCCAAGGGCAAGACUGCCAAAGUACAGUGCUACGCACAGGGCGUGCCCGAGCCCGAGAAGCUAUGGAGCAAGAAGGGACUCACGCUGAGCGACCGACCAGGACUGAGACUUGAAGAUUGCAACACCACCGUUUGUAUUGAAUCCCUGGACUACCCAGACACCGGCAAGUACCUGUGCAGAGCCAGUAACCCCGUAGGCAGCGUGCAAUCCGUCUCAUCUGUCUUCAUUCAAGAAAACACUAAAGCUCUAGAUUUGGGUCCCAUGCACGUCUACUACUUGUUCCACUCGGACGGCGUCCGAGUCAUCGAGCCAGACACCUGCGGGUACCGACUGAACAUUCCCGCCCUGCACGUCCUGCCCAAGCCGCACGGCCUGCUGUGCCCUCCGGGCCCGUCCGGUGAGAUCGCCUGCUCGUGGGGCGAGGCGGUCAACGUGAAGAACCAGUUCGUGUACGUGACGCAGCCAGAGAACAACCGCAUCAUCGCUAUUGAUGUCCGCACUCAGCUCAUCAUUGAGGUUAUUCCAACCGAUCGGAUUCCCGUCUCUCUUCAUUACAUUCCUCACCUUGACACUCUAUGGGUUGUCUGCUGGCAGUCUACGGAUGCCGAGGAAGGCCAACGAUCAAUCCAGGUCAUCAAGUACGUCAGCCAACGGGAAACCCAUACCCCGAUCCACACUACCCCGAUCGGGCAUCAUUUCGAUGUCGUUAAAGGGCUUUUUAUCCCACAGGUCCAGAUCCCCAAUCAGGGUAAUUACAAGUUCGGAUACGUGGUCCACAGCCAGCAGAUGGCAAUCACUAAGAUCAACCUCGAGACCACCACGUUGUCCUCUACCAUCGUCCUUAGCCAGCACCAGUGUUAUCCUGAUUCAGUGGCCUUCCUGGCAACGGGCGGUUACGUCAUCGUGAGUUGCGCAGACGGCCGCGAGUCUCGCCCAUCCAAGCAGCUGUUUCUGGAUUACCUGACCGACACUGUGCUGCAUGUGAAUGAGGGCAUACGGGGGACACCGUACACAUCACCCGACGGGCGGUACAUCAUCAGUGCUGAUAACCAACACGGCUUGAUCUACGUCCAGAAGGUCACCCUGUCUGGAAAGGUCAAGUCCUUGUUUGAGGUCAGCACUAAUCUAGGAGUCAGUGAUGUCGGCUUCUUCCCCACCAAGGCAAGCACGCACACCUAUGACAUCAUGGUGACCUCCCGAGAUCGCCCCGAUGUCCUCUUCGUCGACCUGGAAACAAGCAAGGUCAAGAUGAUCCCGGGCGUCUUUCAUCCAAUCAGCGCCGAGAGCUGGCCCUGGAACGAGCACAACCGGCACAUCGUCAACAGCGGCGUGUUCGGUCCCCACCUGGCCACGCCCGCCGCCGAUCACGUGGUGCUGAUUGACGGCAAGAAGAAGUCCGUUCAGUGCGACAUUGACGAUGUCUCGCAGAGCAACGUGAUCGUGUGGGUUGGGGACUGCUACUAAUUGGCAUUCAUUUAUUCAAAUUCAUGCAAAUAACUUUACCCGCGCCCCUUUUCACGGACGUAAAUUUGUGUGUGAUUAUCGCUCGACAACUUUGCGUGGCGUUCGUGCAAACGUAUUUUUGUUGAUUUAGUGCAGACAGUAAAAUAAUCGAGUACUUAAACAAAGCGUUAGCGUUAUUUUCAUGGUAGCUCACUUCUUAGGAAAUAUUUUAAACAAAACAAAAUAAUAAUAAAGGUAUGUACUAUAAGUAUCGAUGAAGUUAUGUAGUGCCGCAACAUUCAUAAAUCAUUCUUGAAAUUGUCAAGCUUUGCCAUUAUGAAUAAAAUUAAGUCCGUUGACCUGUCUGUUUAACAAAUGUUCUGCAACUAUCAACAAUGAUAUAGGAAAUAUUACAUCACUGCAUUGCCAGUACUUUAUGAACAGUAUAAAUGGAAUAUCCAGACAAUUCGCAAGUACAUUUUCCUUCUGGAAAUGCAUUUGUGACGCGCGGAUAUGACCUUCUGAUGGUAAAGGCCCUUACGGAUCUUCAAAGUUCAAGUACAGUCAGUAGUCAUUCGGUUCUUUGAUUUCAAAAGGAUGUGGUUAUAAAACUUAAAGAGAAUUAUACGAUGUCAAAAAAAAACCGUGGGUUUUUGUCCGCGUUAGCUUCUAUGUUUAAUGGUACCGGUCGUUAAAAUGUGCUGGGGUGCAAAAGUCGUGACUCCGUGGGGAAAGUAAUAAUGUAUCACAAGCUUAUGACAAAUGUAUAUGACCAAGCAUAAUGCUUAUGAUGUGCAUUUUGUAUUGUGGUUAUAGAUGUUGGCGUCUAGUGUCUGAAAAAAAGGCUUCGUGAUUAUCAAGAAAAACUUGCUGAGAUCGGGAAAACGUCAGCAACUUUACGUAAAUACGUUUUAAAGAAAAGGUGAAGAGUUUUGUACCGCCCUUCGUGGAUUCUGAAGGAAAUAAGGUCGAUAGCGCGGACUAUAGCGGUGUUAUAAUCGAAACGUUGGGAAAAUAGCCAGUAGUAGAUAGUCGUGAAAGCUAAAAAAAAAAAUAGUAAUGAUAAUAGCUCUUAAAAUAACGAUGUUAGUCCGAGAGCUAAUUCUAAACGUGUAGGUACAGAAGAAAAUACUUAGAAAGUGAAUUGAAGAGUCAAUUUCCAAAACGCGACAUACUCAUUUGCACGGUUACGAAACUUCAACAAAAACAUCUGUUUCUAAACUUCAUUUUUCGCUUUAUUGUAGUCUUAAGAUGUGUUUGUGUAUAAAACAGCCGUCGACAUGGAUUUUGGGCAGCCAGGAGAGAGCAGAAUUCUAAAAGGGAACACAAUGGCGUAUAUCGCGUUUUUUGGAAAUAUGCUCUUCAACUUGUAAAGUCAGUUGUUCUAAUCGUAAUUUCUCGCCGAAGUGUAGUGAAAUAUUGGGGUUUUCUUUAAUGGUGACACCCCCUAGUUAUGCCUCUAUAGCGUGCUGCCCAUGCACAGUAACGUUUAUGCCUAAGUGCGGAAUUGAGGAGUCUCUUUUUAUUUAACCACCUUCCUAACUAUUUUCUUUCCUAACUAUUUUCUUUCCUAAUGUGCCGGUCUUCGACUCACCAUAUUUGAUAUGAGCAAAAAUAUUUAAUAGCAGAAACAUUGUAUGGAUAUCCUGUAGGUGAAAAGUUGAAGUCUCUCACAUGCAUUAUUUGUCAUGUGUCCUGGUCCACGUGACUUUCGUAUACGUUUCCUGCUUGCAUGCAUAUCAAUCCAUUGGCACAUUCCCUUUUCCGAAAUAAACAAAGAAACGUUAACUUCUAGCAUUAGGCUUUAUGUUUUAUAAUUCCAUUUUUAUGACUAAUUAUUUGUAUUCAGCUGUUCACGAUUAAUUCCUUUUUCCAUUAUCUCACCGAAAUGCAUGUUUUGUACAUAAGGACCGAAUGUAUAUUAUUUGCGUUAUUUUCUUAUAAAUUCUCGGUUAUUUUUUACCUGAAACAUUGUGGAUGAUCUUCACUUGUAAAUUCAUUAUUCACUUUUAAAUGUUAAUCUUGUUAUCGUGAUAUGAAUUGGUGAAUCGUGUUUAGAGAAUAAUUUUUCAGUAAGCAGUGGAGUUCAGUGUGUGGCUCUAUUUAAUCAAACUAUAGAAAUUUGUGGUGCAUAAUGUAUAUUGUAUGAUAUGAAGCCGCCUAGCUUGUUGGAUAUUUGCACCUGUACAUGCACUAAGUAGCAGUUCGCGUAUAUUGCACCCACUGCUAGAUGUCGAUAUGUAUAGCCGGAAGAUAAAUAAAGAGCGUUGUUGCGUCAGUUGUAGCCGUUAAUCGA